AUUUAAUAAACAUGGCCGAUUAAAACGGAUCGCGCGAGUUUGGAAGAAACGUGAGAAUUCAAUUUGUUCGAUCUUUUAAUAAACUGAUUUUAUGAGGGUGAUAAACGAUUGAUUGAUUGAUAGACAGCUUUUGGACAAAAGAAAAUAUGCGUUCUCUGCAGACUGCUGAUUGGACGUCUUCCCUAGUUCCAUUCAAUCCGGCAUCGCUCCAGAGUCUGGAACGGCAGUUUGGGAAGGGAAGCCAAAUGGGAGCGACCAUCUAUGGAGGAACCUCUGACAGUGGGAAAUGGAACUGGCUUGUACACGGACAAGUGCUGGAGGUUGUUGAAACAAUGUCGGGCCAGCGCUUGGCCUCGUUUUGUUUUGACAGUGACAAGAAGUGUGUGAUCUCAUGUGUGAAGGAAUAUUGCAGACCGGGCACAUCACAGUUACUUGUUGGGCUUGAUAAGCAAAAUGGCGGAAUGCUGUGUCUCUUAGAUGUCACAACGUCACAAAUUUUGACAAGUGUCAUGUUCCCAUAUAGAGUGACAGCUGUUGAGCCAGUUACCCACACAGGUGGAGUCAAUGCACCAAACUUUGCCCUUAGCGAUCACCUCAGGUGUUUCUUCGGUAUCAUUGCUGUGGGCACAGAAGGAGGUCAUGUUUAUCUAGUUGAUCUUCGUCUUGAUGAUUGCGACGAAUAUACGCAUUCAACCGAGCCAAAAAAUAUCCUAGUUAUAACUCCAGCAAUGGCUAACACGCCUGAACUACGAAGAAAAUCAUCACGUACUGGGGAUCACCUAUGUUUGGAAGUGGGAGAUAAUUUUCAUCAAAAUCGUCAAUAUAAUUAUUCAAAACCCAGUGGUGAUGUGUUGAAAGCGUUCCAGAGUGGCAAUAUCUGCGUGUCGGCCUUGACCUACGUGCCUAAGCUCGGGUCGUUGCUUGUUGGCUUUGACUUUGGAUGCUUCCAGGUGUGGCGGCUGGCUGCACCCAUACUUGAGUUCAGUAGUCCUUUAACACAGGUCGUCUCACCUAUAACACACUUUGCUUACAUGGAACCAGAUGAUGAUCCAGAGAACUUCUCCUACCUGAUGGUUGCCAGGGGACCGAUGGUUACAGAUAUCAGCCCCGAAGUGGUAACAGACUUACAUUUAUUUCAAUUAGCUUACGAAAGGAAGGAAUUUUAUCCUGGACAUGGUUACAUGUAUCAUGAAUUUUACAAUUGUGAAGCAAGGUUUGAAUUUGCACUCACAGCAGAUAAUUUGAACGCUGAAGACACAACGUCAAUAGGAAGUCGAUUGAUCUCUUGCUACACAGCCCAGAAAAAGAAAACGAGGGGAGACGAUACAUUUCACGAAGAUGAAGAGGACCAAAUUGAUCUAGGCCUGGCAGUGUUUUGCUGGGAAGCGUCAUUGACAGCCGUCGAAGGCUCCUCCACCCCACUGUGUUUCCUGGCUCUGUUUGAUCUAAACCGUUGGUACCAUGCGCAAAUGCCAGCUACUGUUAAGUUUAUACAAAGGACUGAUGUCUGUCCAUAUUUAGCUUUCUGUUCAAUGGAAUCAAUAAUGGAAACUUCAAGUCCAGAUGUUCUCCUAGAUGCAUAUGUAGAUACAUCGUUUUUGUCGCGGUUUGUUUCGUCCCAAAUUCCUGCUCCAGAGCAUCACUUCUAUCCCUCUUCACUCAGCUUCAGUGUAUCCUGCCUUAUGGAGACUGGACUUGUUGAGGCUAGCUUUAAAGGUCACCAGAGACAGGUAUUACAUGAUAUAAUGAAGCAAGGGCCAGGCUGUCUAAGGUCACCACUGGCACUGUAUAACCACAGCCUUGCAGCAGGCCUGAUCAUUCCACGAAAUGACUACCAAGUAGGCGCUGUUCCAGUGGCGGCUCAACGAGAAGCGCUCCUGUCUAUGUGCUUAGAAUACAACCUCAUUAGCUUCUUGGUCACUUGUAUAUCAAGUUGGUCAACUGGGGACUAUGUCACAGGGUUAACUUUGAGGACAGUACUCGACUGGGCCUGGCAAACUGUUGCCAGAAUCAAGGAGGUCAUUGAUGAAAAAUGUAUAUUCUUGUAUAAUGGUUAUGGUAAUUACGUUGAGGGCCUGGUAAUGCGGAUGUUGGAUAAGUACUCAAUCCAGUUGAACCAUAUCAUCACCAUCUUCCAGGCGUUGAUUGAACAGUCUGUACAAAUUACUCAGCAGGGUCAGGCUGAUCUAGAGACCAAGCUAAAUGUUAUAAUGCUGAUAUCCAAUCACCUUCAGGCUGUCAUUUGGUUCAUCAGAGUCGGGUUACUACCAGAGUGUCCAGAUGAUGGACAGCCCAACCUUGAUGGCCAGUUCCUGUACCCGGCCAACAGGCUUAGGGAAGCAUUCAACCAACGGAGGCAGGAAUUGCAAUCUUUUACACGUUCGGGUGGUGAUAGUGAUAUAUUAAUGAUUGAUGGUAUCAUUGAUGAACUCGGCGACCCCAUCUCGCAUCUGUGGGACCGAAAGGAGGAAAGCGGUGGUAACGGAAAAUAUCCCCCUCCCAGUUUACAUGCACUCUUAGACAUUUAUUUACUGGAGAAUGUGCCUCUUAUGACGAAGCAUUGCAUUGUGGGGUAUCUACUCCAGGAUCUGCAAAUGUGUCUUGAUCAUGAAAAACAUGCUGAGCUUCUUAAGCGGAUAGGGCAGUUUGAACACACUUUCUGCAUACCCCCUGGCGUUGCCAGGUUACUUCAUGGAUUCUUUCUCCUGGAUCAUAAAAUCUUUGAGGAUGCUAUAAUGACUUUCCUCGACCCUCUAAUCAACGUGGAUCUACCAUCGUGGCAACACCAGCGAAUAAUGAAAGCGUUCCUUUACCACAAUAACAGCAAAAAAGCACUGCAUUACCAGCGUAUGCGCAGCCCGCCACUCAACACGCUGGAGGAUGUUCAGAUGCAUCUAACUGUUCUUCUUGCCAAUGGAUUAACAGCUGAAGCAUUUCAAUUUCAGAGGAAGUACAAUGACCCAGCCUCUGCACAGGACCUCCUUCUCCAUCUUUUCCUUGGCUGUCAACAGACCCACACAAUGGACAACCUUUUGCAGCUGCAUUUUAAUGAUGAGGAGGAAGCCAUGCUUGUUCGCUACCUUGAAACUAGUACAGAGCCCAACUCUCAGGAGUUGCUUGUGAUGCACUUCCUCCAGCGAGGGCGCUAUGUCGAAGCUAUACAAUUAAAUGAGCGUCUCAAACAACGAAACUUCAUGACUGGAACUGACUUAAAAUCCAAGGAGCAUCAUGCCACAAGAAAUGUUAUUGUCGAAAGCUAUUCUAAACUCUUGCCGUCUGUUCAACGUAAGCUGGCUUUUGGAAGUGAACCAAGUCACAAGAGGGCACCGUUCAUCAGAAGAGAAGUGCAAAAACCAAAGCCAUUGUCAACUGUGAUUAACCCUGCAAAGGCCAGCCAAGUCAUAUCACACGCAAGUCUCAUCAGCUCUGUAUUAGACAAGAUAGCUGAGGCUAGGGAACAGAUCAGAGAGCAGGAGACACCGCUUACAAACAGGACUGAGGACGUUUUUAGCACCAAAAGUCACCAACCUUUUGUAACCACACCUAUUACCCCUCAUCACAAAUCACGUCUCAGCUCUGGUACUGCAGCAACCAUUUAUCCAAGCAAUAUAGAAGACCUUAUGGAUGAAACAUUACCUGGGGCAGCCACAUUUUCACCCCAAAAGUCAUUUGGGUCUUCAAGGCUGAGUAUGCUUUCCUUCGCCGUACAUGACAAUAUUAAAAGAAUGGAUUACACAGGUGCAGACAUGCUGUCUCUUCUACAGACUCCACCAAUCAAAAAGAGGUCACCAGGUCAUUUGAACAGGCAACAACCACCUCAGCAGCAGACACCUCAGUCCAUUCUAAAAGGGCAGAAAAAGUCCAAACAUCUGACAACACAAGUCCAAGAUACAGGAGGAACUCAAGCAGAUAUAACAGAUUCUGUCAGAGCAACUGCCAUCAAAAUGAUGCCACCACCAGUCUUUUCUUUGCACGAUCAGCAAAAGGCAGAAUCUGCGCCUACAUCCCAGACAACGUUGCUGAAGCACAUCCGCUUCUCCGAGGACACCAAGGGAAGGUCACCGUCACCAGAGGACAUGGAUCAAUCAAUUCCAACAGAUGGUGUUGAAGAUGAUCCAGAGCGUUGUGUGACUCCUGAAUUCCUCACUCCAGAAAAAGACAACCUUGGAGAAGUUGUAGAGUUUAGCACACCUGAAGGUCUUCCACAGAAUGUUGUAAGAAUCCAGAAUCCAGAACAAGUCAAGGAAGAAGUAGAAAUGUUGGAAGUCAAGGAGGAAUUAGGAGUGGUAGAAGUCAAGGAAGAAAUAAUAGAUUCAGAAGUCAAGGAAAAAAUUGAAGAAAUAGAGAUAGAUAAUGAAAUCACAUUCAAUCUUGAUUCUCAUCAAACGAAGAAGGUUGAAGAUGCCCCUGCAGAGGAUAUGGAACAAGAAGCACCAGAUGGCUUCCAAGAAACAGCUACCGCUUCUCAGGAAGCUCUUCCAGCUGUCCCUGCUCUUUGUCAUCCAGUCAAAACACUGGCAGAAUCUCCUACUGCAACAAUAGACCUUGCCUUCUCACCAAUACUUACCUCACCUUUACAAUUCGGUAAUAUCACUCCACCUUCAGCUCAGCGUUCUCCACUUAGUCAGAUCUUAGUAAGUAAACAAUUAGAACAGUUUGAUGAACAAAUCCAAGACUUACCGACAUCACCAAUUAGCUCAAGAAUUACACUAACUCCGCCUGCAUCUGCAGAAUCAUCUCCGAUGGGGGCAGCAUUGUCAAAAUCUGUUUCAUUUGCACUGCCAAGUAAACUUGAUCAGGAUGAGGAUAAGAGCAGUGCUCGUUCACAAACAUUUGCCGAGAUUUCAGUUCAAACCACACCAGGACUAACCUUAAGGCAGGAGAGCUCUGCACCCAAGAAGACAUCUUUCACAGCCUCUUUGAAGAUGUCACCACCGAAAGAGGAAGCCAUGGAGGGUGUGAUACCUAGUUCACCAGUAGUUACAGGUCCUUCAUCACCAGUGAAGCAGGAGCCUCUGCCAGAAUUGGACUCCCCAGGUACUAGUAGUCCAUCAAAACUGCCAACCAUCAAACAAGAACCUAUAGAAAAAUUAGAAAAUGAAGAUGAUUCUCCUAAACAUUGUGGAACGCCCUCUUUCAUUUUCUCACCACCACAAACUCGGUCUCGUGCCAAACGCUCCGCAAGGAAAACAAUAGCCAAAGUAGCCACACCUGUCCCAUCACCAGUUGUUGUCCUGACACCGGGCCUCUUGUCAAGUGUCGGAACACCUGUACCAACACCACAGAUGAGGAGUCUACGGAAAAGUACAGUUAAACAGCAUGUGGCUAAGAAAGAUGCAAAGACAGAUGAACCAGUAUCUAGGCGGACCACAAGGUUAAGGAAACAGACAGGUAAUCUUACCCAGGGGGCAGCGCAAGAUACUUUUAUUCUAGUAUCUCCAUUGAAAAAUGAAGUAGAUGUCUCAAACAAAAGUCAACCAAGGAAGGUGGUCCACCAUUCACACAAGAUGACAUUGAGAACACCAAAAGAGCGAAAAAAACAAGUGAAGCUCUGGUAACUGUUUGAUGAAUACUGAAGGUGCUAUAAAACAACAAUUUUGACAGUUUUGAAAAAGAAAUAAAUGUUUGCUGAAGAAUAUUCUUGGUGUGAAAACCAUGCUAAUGAUAGUGAACAAAUGUUUUUAAUAGAAACAACUGGGGGAUUAUUCAAGUUGAAUUAUUGAGUAGCAGUUUUUGUAGAUUUCAAAUCAGCAAUAUUAAAAUCAUGUGACUUAGUGGGAUUAUAGAAAACUGAUUACAUCUUUAACAAGACAUGAAUGAUUGUCCAAAAAUUAGAAAGGUACUUUCUAAACGUGACAUGUUCCCACAAAACCUGACCGAACACAUUUUUUUUUUUAUAAUUAUAUUCUAAAUUUGUUAGCUUUAAAAUAGUAUAUAUUUCUUGGGGGAGAGGGGGAUAAUUAUUUUCAUUUACUGAAUAAGGAGCAAUAGAAUUUAUGAGAUAUUGGGGUUACCAGAACUAAGAAAAACUACUUCUAACUUUAGUGAACAUGCAUGCACAAGUUAUGCAUGGCUGCACACACUGUGAACAUUAAAAAAUAUGCUUAGCAACUAGUCUAAAUAUAAUGCAUUCUCAUUUUUUUGUUUAUAUAUUGUAACAGACUUGUAACUUCUUUUUUUUAAGUGGUUAAAAUUUGGCAGUUGAUAGUAUAGUUAUUGAAAACAUUAUACAGUAAAACUAUAAAACAAUGAUUUCUGACCUGAUAGUUAAUUGAUGAUUUUCUCUUUUAAUAUUAACUUGUGAAUUUGCCCAGUUUUCGUAGGAGCAUGUCACAAAUGGUGGAACAUGCCUUCUGUGGGAUUGCAAUAUUAUUGGUCAGAAUUCGACUACAUGGUUAGUUAGUUUGUUGCCAUGUUCAAAUGCAUAUCGCCUUCAUUUUCCCCUGGACCAAAUCUAUAGGCCUACCUGGUAAAGGUUGAACAGGUUUGAUUGAAGCUAUUCUGAGGCUGACCAGGAAUACUCUUCAUGGUGUGGAGCAGUUUGGCCAUUGUAUAUGUUACUUCUGUAUCAAAACAAUGGGUUUUGUAAAUGUGCUGCAUAUUGAAAUUAAGAAUAAAACCAGAUUUUUAAAGGAAAGUGGUUUUUGAUAUUAAA